AUGGCGACUGUCGAUAAUACUGAACCAGAGAAAUUAGGUCGCAAUCAUCUGCUUUUCCUGAAUUCAAAUGAUAAUUCAGGAGUUGUGUUGAUUUUGUUGCAAUUACGAGGACCAGAAAACUACUCUGUGUGGAGCCGGGCAAUGGGGAUUCCAAUCCUAGGUCGAAAUAAGCGAGGGUCCAUUGAUGGCAUAUGCAAAAGGGAGAAUUACAGUACAAAUCUCAUAGAUCUCUGGGAACGUUGUAAUGCGAUUGUAUUGUCUUGGUUGAUGAACUAUGUUUCUCCGGAAUUGUUGAGUGGGAUGGUAUAUUCGUCAAAUGAUAAUGAGGUAUGGGACGAUUUGAAGGAGCGAUUUCAUAAGGUGGAUUGCUCUAGGAUUUUUCAGAUCAACAGAGAAAUUGCUACUGCUAGGCAGGGCACCAGUUCGAUUUCGACUUAUUUCUCAAAAUUAAGAGUGCUUUGUGCAGAAUUUGAUAGUUUGGCUCCAAUUCCUGGUCAUGAUACUGCUAACUCUAGUGAAUUUGUUCAAUUCAUGGAGCAUCAAAAACUUCUAAAAUUCCUAAUGAGACUGAAUGAGUCUUAUGAACAAGCACGCAGCCAGCUCUUGAUGAUGAUUCCUGUUCUAUCUGUGAACAAAGCUUAUUCUAUGUUAAUAAAGCGUGAGAGUCAGAGGACAAUGUUCAACACCUUUACCACUGUUGAUGGGGGUGAGAUGGCGACGUUGAUGACGAAUAAGUCUGGGAAUCAGCAGAGGCCAAAGAAAAAUUACAGUCUUCAGUGUGAUGUAUGCCACAUGAAAGGCCAUACUAAAGAAACUUGCUACACGGUAGUGGGAUAUCCAAAAGAUAACAAGUUCAAAAAGAAGUACAAUUCCCAGACAACAACUAAUUUUGCAGCUGAAGAUAUUCCAGCAACAACAACUGGUUCUACUCCUAUGGCUCCUACAUUCACUCCAGAACAAUAUUAG